AAUGUUUAACACUAAAUCGCAAUUUUAUUAAGCUAGUUCAACAGGGCGGUUUCAGUUUAAAUUUAAGCCAAGUGUUGAAUUAGGAGGAUUUCCUAGUUUGACACCUAGUAAUUCUGACAAAAGAAUGACAAGAUUAGAUUGGUUUGUUGGUCCAUCUGAUCAGUUGGGUAAUCUAGAUUUAUAUUUUGAAAUAGAAAAAUAAAAAAAGCAUUGUCUCUCAAAAGAAAGCAAACAUCAUGAAGAUUUAUCAAUAGGAAAACGAACCUUUAUUUAAGCAAAUAAAGAAACUGAAGGAUUGGUUAGCCUAGAGGAUAUAAUGUAAAGAAAAUCUCGAGUACCUACAUUAGAAAAGAAGAGAAAUUAGUAAGAAUUUUUAGUUAAUCUAAGGAUUCCUGUUCAUUUUUUAGGAGAUAAGAAUUAUCCCUAUCCAGAAAUAGAACCAACUUUUUAUAAAUAAGAUGAUGGUCUAAUAGCAGGAUCAAAUAUCAAACAUCGAUUUCGACAUCCUUUCAAAAUAUCUAAAAAGUAUCACGGUUGA